AUGCUUGAUAUAGGCACAAACUGCCCGUGCCUGAUCAACCCCGGAACUGACUACCCGUGUCCGCUCUACCCCGACAUUGACUACCCGUGUCCGCUCUGCCGCGGUACGGACUGCCCGUGCCCGAUCAACCCCGGAACUGACUACUCGUGUCCGCUCUGCCCCGACAUUGACUACCGUGUGGGCUGGAUGAAGUCGGACACACGCACCAUCCUUACCGUGUACGACCUGGUGGUGACCAACAACCCGCGCAUCAGCAUCAGCCACGACCUGCAGCACACCUGGAGCAUCCACAUACGGCAGCUGAAGAAGUCCGACCACGGCUGCUACAUGUGCCAGCUCAACACCAAACCGAUGCGCAGCCAGAUGGGCUGCGUCGACGUGCAAGUGCCGCCCGACAUCGUCAGCUCCGAGUCCAGCAGUGACCGCAGUCUGGCUGAGGGCGACUCGGCUCGGCUAACCUGCACGGCCCGCGGCUACCCGCCACCCACUAUCACCUGGCGGCGCGAGGACGGCCAGCCCAUCUACGUGCUCGGCGACUUCCGCAACGGCCAGAAGGUGCGACAGGUGACGGGCAGCACUCUGAACUUGACCCGGGCGACGAGGCGUCAGAUGGGCGCCUACCUGUGCAUCGCCAGGAACGACGUCCCGCCAGCCAUCAGCAAACGUAUCUUCGUCUACGUCAACUUUCGGCCAGAGAUCGAGGUGCAGCAGCAACUCCUCGGCAUCAUCCUGGGUGGCGAUGUCACCCUGGACUGUCACGUGGAAGCUUUUCCCAACACAGUCAACUACUGGCUCAACCAGAGAGAUGAAAUUCUUCUCGGAGGGCAGAAGUACAGUCUGUCAGAGCAGAAGCGAGGCUACCGCGUCAUCAUGCGCCUGCGGAUCAUGCGCGUCAGCCGCGCAGACAUCGGUGUCUACCGGUGCUUCGCGUCCAACUCGAUGGGCACGUCAGAGGCUUCGAUCCGGCUGCAUCACAUGCAGCGGCCGCCGGCGCCGGCCGGCCACGGCCGCCAGACGGGUGCGCGCCACACGGAGGCGCCCAUCACGGCGCCGACGCCCAGCUCGGCGGCCUCCCGGCGGCCGGCGGACCUGACCACUGCCCUGCUGGUCGUCCUCACUCGCUGGCGCUGACGGGUGGUCUCGGAGCCGCGCUGCUGGCCGCGACGGCUCGCUGGC